UUUAGGGAGGAGGCGGGGGGAGGUGUGCUCACAGUCACCAUUUAGUGAGAGCUCAGUCUGCGAUCAGCACCGCCCGGAGAAGCAACAGAUUGAGGACAAGGCUUCACUAGGAGCAGUAAGAGAGCCAGCUCAGCAGGAUGGCGGUGGAAGGAGGCAUGAAAUGUGUGAAAUACUUAAUGUUCAUCUUUAACUUCAUAUUCUGGAUCUGUGGAGUUGCUCUGAUUGCCCUGGGAAUCUACGUUCAGGUUCAGCUAAAUCACUCCAUAUUGAUAAAAAAUGCCUCCUCUUCAGGUGCUCCAAUAGUAAUCAUUGCAGUGGGAGUUGUCAUUUUCUUCAUCUCCUUCUUUGGGUGCUGUGGUGCCGUUAAGGAGAACUAUUGCAUGGUGACAACGUUUGCUGUUCUCCUCGUCUUGAUUUUCCUGGUAGAGAUCGCUGCUGCCAUUGCUGGAUAUGUCCUGAGGGAUAAGGCUCGUACAGCAUUUCAAGAAGUGUUUAUCGAUGGAAUGAAAAACUAUACAACUAAAGACAUCUCUGAAGCCAUUAACGCAGCCCAGAGAGAUUUCAAGUGCUGUGGUGCUGCCAACUACACAGAUUGGGAUAAAUAUGGUCCAUUUAUUGGCAAAAAUGAAGUGCCAGAUUCAUGCUGUAAGAAUGAGACCAAAGACUGCGGAAAGAAUUACAACACGACCAAUAUAAAUACUGAUGGUUGUGUGGAAGGGAUCUAUACCAUGAUUAAAGGAAAUAUUGCCAUUAUUGCUGGAGUGGCGCUAGGAAUUGCCUUCUUUGAGAUCCUGGGAAUUAUCUUUGCCUGUUGCCUAAUGAAGGGAAUACGCAGUGGAUAUGAAGUCAUGUGAUCAGACGUCCUGCUGUAGAUGCCAUUAUGUCACUUCCUAUGUUGCCCUAAGGCAGCAGUGAUGCAUGCCAUACUCAUCAGAAUGUGGCAGUGUCUCUGCAUGUCACUCACUUUUGAUAUGACUAGGCCUGUGUGUAUAAAUACUUCUUCAUCACCAGUUAUUUGUUUUUAUAAUAUAUAUUUGUAGUUAAAAUGUCAA